ACUUUCUCAGUGUCCCAGAUGUUCACUGCAGCAGCGUCCACGAAGUGAAGCUUUUCAAAAACAGACACUUUCACAGCAAAAACGAAAGUCGCGAGGGCUUUGACAGAGACACUGAGGGUUUCUUGGAAGGACGCAGUUUGGGGAGGUUUUACGCACUGCGCACGAUGCAGGCGCGCUACUCUGUCUCCAGCCCCAACACUUUGGGAGUUGUGCCGUACAUCAGCAGCGACCAGAGCUACUACCGAGCCGGCGGCGGCUACACCGGGAUGCCUGCGCCCAUGAGCAUGUACACUCAUACGGCUCAUGACCAGUACCCGGCCAGCAUGGCCCGGGCGUAUGGACCGUACAACCCUCAGCACCAGCCGAAAGACAUGGUCAAACCUCCGUACAGCUACAUUGCCCUGAUCACCAUGGCGAUCCAGAAUUCACCGGAGAAGAAGAUUACCCUGAAUGGGAUUUAUCAGUUUAUCAUGGAGAGGUUUCCCUUCUACCGGGACAACAAGCAGGGCUGGCAAAACAGCAUAAGGCACAAUCUGUCCCUCAACGAGUGCUUUGUCAAAGUUCCCCGGGACGAUAAGAAGCCUGGAAAGGGCAGCUACUGGACACUGGACCCGGAUUCAUACAACAUGUUCGAGAAUGGCAGCUUUCUCCGACGCAGGAGGAGGUUCAAAAAGAAGGACGUGCAGAGGGACAAGGGUGACCGGGGCGCGCAGGGGAAAGAGCCUUCCUCCCGCUCCCCGGGCCGGGAACCGGACCCGCCGGUGCAGGGAUCUCAGCCAGUGCGGAUCCAGGAUAUUAAGAUUGAGAACGGGACCUCUACGCCCCCACAGGCGGCGUCCCCGACCCUGAGCGCCGCCGUGCCCAAGAUCGAGAGCCCCGACAGCAGAAGCAGGAGCAGCAGCAGCAGCAGCAGCAGCAGCAGCAGCAGCAGCAGCAGCAGCAGCAUGGCUGCAGGCAGCCCGCACAGUGUACCCUCAACCCGCUCACUCAGCAUGGACGGACCCGAGCAGCAUCAACACGGCCAGGCCUCGGUGCAGGGCUUCAGUGUGGACAACAUCAUGACCUCUCAGCGGGGGUCCCCGCACGCCGAGCUCUCCCCGCCUCUCAUCGCCUCCUCGCGGACAGGUAUCGCCCCAUCACUGUCGCUGAACUAUGGCCCCAACCAGACCUCCGCCUACAGCCCCGCGACCUGCAACCAGAACUCCAUCUCCACCAACGCCAACGCCACCUAUCACUGCAACAUGCAGGCCAUGAGCCUGUACGCAGGGGACCGAGUGUCCGGCGGACACCUGGCUCCGUCCACCACAGUGGAUGAAGCGCUGUCCGACUAUUGCAUCACCACAACCACCGCGUCCCCGCUGGGCCAUGGCAACGUGAGCCAGGCGGGCCAGGACGGUCACCACGCGCACCAGGGACGGCUGGCCUCUUGGUACGGGGACCUGACCCACUUAAGCCCGGGUUACCCGGCGCAGCAGCAGAACUUUCACUCUGUGCGGGAGAUGUUCGAGUCGCAGCGGAUCGGGCUGAACGGCUCCCCGGUCAACGGGAAUAAUAGCUGUCAGAUGGCCUUCCCCUCCGGUCAGUCACUGUACCGAACCUCAGGAGCUUUUGUUUAUGACUGCAGCAAGUUCUGAAAGCUUUUUGAAAUCAACACUAAUAUAUAUGUUUUUUAUAUUAUUUUAUUCACACGCUGAAUGAACGGACGGCGCGCGUGUGUUUCACCACAAACACGUAAGUUUUCUUUCCUCUCGCUUUGAGAACUGGUUUUUAAAGUUGACUUAAACACCAUCAGCUUUUGCGACCACUGACUGUAAAUUAUAAUCUAAUAUAGUAAUUUAUUUUAGAGAAAGGGAGUGGUUGGAUGUUGAGGACCAAACACACGUAAACGGUUUUUUUUCUCCAGUUCUCUCGUUGCUGCCGUUAUUUGUCCCAGCUCUUGUACAGAAAUUGAGGGAUAACUUUGUAACCUAAGCUGAUUUAUUUGAUUCACUUUGUCUUUUUUUUAAGGCGUUACAUUUGUUUGGUUAAUAAAUGCCUCCUAUUUGAUUUUAA